AUGGAAGGCAAAGAGGUCGGCACCCGCGACAAGGACGUCCCCUGGUACACCAAGGAGCUCGAGAAUGUCUCCGAGCAGGCGCGAAAGCUUCUCGAGGAGUACAGCGGUAUUGCUCCAGACCAUGUUGUUGCACACAUACUGGAAGUCAGAGAGCGCGCUUGGGAUAUCUUCCCUUACCCAUGCAUCGGCCAAUUCAGAUUUCUCGAUCUCAGCAUCAGUUCCGCUCCGCAAUACCCCGAGAUCCUGCAGCGCGUAAAGGACGGACAGAAGCUCCUGGAUAUUGGGUGCUGCUUCGGUCAGGACGUUCGCAAGCUGGUGUUUGACGGCGCGCCGGCUGAGAGUAUUUAUGCUUCGGACCUCCAACACGAGUUCUGGGACCUGGGCUACGAGUUGUUUCUUGACAAGGACAGGCUAGGGACUCAGUUCAUCGAGGCUGACGUCUUUGACGAGGAGAGUGGGUUGAGCAAGCUGGAUGGGCAGAUUGACAUUGUCCACGCGGCGUCGUUCUUUCAUCUGUUCAACUGGCCGCAGCAAAAGGAGGCGUCUAUCCGUAUAGUCAGGCUCCUGAAGCCACAGAAGGGAAGCCUGGUUUUGGGUAGGCAGGUGGGGAACGUUGCACCAGGGGAGUUCCCUCACAGGGAAGGGACCAUGUAUAGGCACAACGAAGAGAGCCUCCAGCAGCUGUGGAAUCAAGUUGGUAGCGCCACGGAUAGCAAGUGGAAGGUCGAGGUUGAGAUGGCUGAGCCUGAUGCUAAAGGCUUUGCCGCGAGCGGGCCUGGUUGGAACCUGGAAGGGACACGGCGGUUGAGAUUUACUGUUACAAGACAAUAG